AUUCAAUAUUUGAACUUCAUUUUGGUUUCAGAUGGCUUGUGGGGCCUCGUAAACAAUGCAGGCAUUUUGUGUUUAGCACCAAUUGAGUGGUCGCCACUGGAAGACUUUAAGCGAACGGCAGAUGUCAAUAUAUGGGGAAUGAUUGAUGUCACUAAGACCUUUCUCCCACUGUUAAAGACGUCCAAGGGACGAGUGGUGAAUCUGGGCAGUAUGGCAGAACUAGUACUCUCUGUAUUGACCUUUUUGUUUUUCUUUUCAGCAAUACAGAAAGUGAAAAAUUACCGUGCCCUUUCCGAUAACAGCAUAGUUGUAAAUGCUGUAGUAAAGGGUCUGACUUCACCCUCUCCGUCUGAUCGCUAUAUGGUUGGCCUAGACGCUCGCUAUAUGCUCAUACCUUUGGGCUCUUUGCCAGCAUUUAUUGCCGACUUUAUCUUCCGUGUGCUGUUCAGACCACCACAAGCACGUGCUGGCUAGAGAGCAAGUGCCACUAUGUUAGUGAACAGCUUCUGUUUCAUUUCAAAAGGAAACUUUUUUCUGUUUUCAUGUCUUUCAUAAUAACCUAGUCUUUAUGUUUAAAUGUAGAGGCAACUAAAGAAAAAGUUGAAUAGUAGAGAGAACGUUUUGCAAGUAGCUAAUAAAAGUCCAUUCAAAUUAACAAUGACAUUGAUUCUGUUCUUGCAUAUGAAUAUAAGACUUAAGAACUUGACUGAGGGAAACUGGCUACCUGUAGUGUUGAACACACAUGCAUCUCUUCAUAAGUCACUCAAUGUUUUUAUUGGAACAAAUAGAGAAGAAUAUACUUCAGACAAGUUUUUCACUAAAACAUUGCUGCUCUCAGUUAUGUGCAAAUCUCUUAAUAGCCUGUACAUUGGCUGUCUUGUUUUUUCUGGAAGCCAAUGGAUGAUCUAUGUAUAGACAUAUUUUUCCCUCUCAUCUGAUCCUUUCAUUUUUGUAUCAUGUUAUUAAUUAAGGACAUGGUCAGACAUGGCAGAAAUCCCUAAAUGUUACAAUCUUACUGGAUUGCAGAAUUUCCUGUCCCUUAUCAUUUCAAGACAAAGUUAACUAAGUUAAUUCGAAUUAGUCAGAUUUUUUCACCUAAUGUAAUUCACAUCCCUUUUAUCUUUUCAUCACAUUUUUUUGCAUAUGGAAGAGAAUACGUUUGCUUAUGUCCCAGAACUCUUGAUCUUUAUUUAACGUUAGGCUUUUAAGACUGAAGUCACCCAAGUGGUUAGUGUAACACUUCAUGAGCAAGAUUUAAUUUGCUACAACCUAUGAAAUGUGAUGUGCACUAAACAGGAUCAGUUCUUUAAUAAUACAUAAUAAUAAUUAUCGUGAAAUGUUAUCAUGAGCAUAAAGAACACAGAUGAAAAGCACUGAGAGCUAUCAAAUGGA